AUGGAAGGAAGUGUGGCAGGAGUGAGAAUUUUACCGGCGGUUGUGCAGUUUCACGAUGCUGAACCCGGAGUGUUGCAUCAAAUGAGCCUGAAAGUACAAAACUUGAGCAAAUUCUCAAAGUCUGUAAGAUUUCAUGCUCCUGACUCUAAGGUAAAGAGUUUUAUAGUCCUACUUUUCUAUAUGUGCAACUGAAUACGAUAUUUAAAAUAAUUUACUGAGGUCGGAUUUUACUGUAUCCCACUUUAUAUCCCAGUGUAUAAAUCAUUGAAUAUAUAUGUCAUAUAUAGCACACACAUUAAACAGGGGGUGGUAUGCUGUUGCUUUCUGAAAUGUACCAAGAAAAUUACAUUUAACAGGCAUACUUGGGCCAGUGUGGAAAGUUUGUAUCGCGCAGCGGAUAUCUCCGGUGCGCAAUUUUGAUGCUUUCUAUAUAUUUACUGUUAAAUUUUCGAAAUAUCCGGCGCGCAAUUUCCAAACUUUCCAGUCUGGUACUUGGGUCUGCAGGCUUCUUAAUUAUGACCCGUAUUCUGGAAGCCUGCUCAGAAUAGUCUUGUGCAAGCCAGGUCGCCCUUUCCAUUAACGAAUUAAUUACACACCAUCAAAUCACACCAUGAAAUGCUAAAUUGAAUUACUUGGGUAUGGUACAGUAAAUGUAACAGUUGUAAAAUUAUAUAGUCUGUUCCAAGGCAUCUUACUUCAUGCAAAAACUAAUAAAUUUCCUUUUAAUGUCCAGUUUUUCUCAGUGAAAGUUAAAAAUCCUGACAAACCAAUUGCUCCAGGACUUGAUGUAACAGCCUUGGUUGAAUAUUACACUGAGCAUGCAGAAGAUAAACAAGACCGAGCAAUUCUAUUGGUCGACAAUGACAUCAUUGAGAUUCCUUUGAUAGCGUAAGUUUAAGUAUCAUGAAAAUAAUUAACCCAAUGAGUCACCUUGACAAGUAAAAUCGUCUGGCGAAAAUUCACUUUUUCCGGUGGGGGGGGCAAAGCCUCCUAAAUUUCCGACAAAACUUUCAAAUUUCUGACAUACCUCCCACUUGCACUCGAAAAGACUGUUUUUAGCCCUCUUUUAGAUCAAAAUUUGCGAAAAUUCGUCAAUUUUGCGGAAGGUGGGGGGGGCAGCCGCCCCCCCCCCUCCCACCAAGAUUUCCGCCACUGCAGUAAAGUAGGUUGCAUCAGGGUGCAUUGCUACUUAAAGGUUUAAUAUUAACAGAGAUUUGUUCAGGAAUUAAUUAGAGGUUUGUUUUUUGUUCCAUGGUAUGUAUUUUUUUCUUCUUCUCAAUUUAGAUUCACUCCAUCUCCUCAACUGGAAAUCAGAGGUCCAGUGAAUUUUGGUUCAACAGUAGCAGACGGGAAGGUUCUUACUGCCUACUUCUCCAUUGAUAACUAUGGAAGCAAAGCAGGGGAGUUUAAGAUCAAAUACACUGGAAAAGAACCUCUAACUUUAUCUCCCACUAGCGGCGUGGUUGAGGCGGAAACAUCUCAAAAAAUUAAGGUGAUUUUGUGUUUUGCCUGUUAGUAAUAAAGUAACCCACUUCAUUUAAUUUAUAUUUGGCAGCUCUAUCAUGUUGCAACUAUACAUGCAGUAAUAAAUCUAUGUGGUGUUUCCACAAACAAAACUAUUAUAUGUUUUAUCGACAUGCAAACAUACAAAGAACUUAUACAUGUAGAUGCCCAGUAUGGGCCAUUAUGGCACUUACUAUAAUAAUUCCUUAUUACUCCUGUUAAUUGGGACAUGGGAAAGCAAGUGAGAUGUAGAUAUGUUGUUAAGUAGAUAAAUUUGUUUCUCCUUUUAGGUGGAAUUUAUCAGUAAAAGCUGUGGAAAACUACAAGAAAUUGUGAAGUAAGGAUAAUAACUAUUCUGUGCAAGCCUGUAGAUUUAUCAUAUCAAGUACUUGCAUUACUUAGGUUUAUACCAUAAAUAGUGAAAAACAUGUCAAUCUAGAUCAAAAGUCAAACUUUUGAUAUGCUGAAUCUAUAAUGCAUUAAUCUUGCGAGUUUAGGUCAUUUACAUCAGGGUCAGCAAAUAAUUAGUGUAAUGUUUCAAUUAAUAGGCCUAAUUUUUCCAAUUAUUUAGUGUGAAGCUGGAAGGCCAAGAGCAAGCUCAUGUAGAGAUUCUAGCAAAAAUAGUUGAAAGAAACAUCCAGUUUUUGAAUCCAGCAAGCAAAACACAAGUACAACAUGUACAAUUUGGCCCAACAUAUUAUGGCACUGAUCAACUGCAGUCCUUCUUGUUGUGCAAUAAUGGACCAGAUAUGAUCAAUUUUGUUGUCUUGUUGGAUGAGGAUAGCGAAGGGCAGGAGGUGGUAAGUUGGGAUCUAUCUACAAAUUAUUUAGAUCCUUGUAAAAAAAGCUGAUUUACAUUUGCCUUGUUUGUGCAUUAAAUAAUUCCAGCUAUAGGUGAAAUUUUGAUCUAGACAUGAAGAACAAAGUCCAUUACCAUAGCUGGAAAGCGCAUCUUAAAAUGAGUAGAAUUGCAAAGUUUGGUUGUGAAUGGUUGUAAAAUGAAGAAAAUAUAGCCCUGUGAAGUUCGCAAAUUUUGUAUAUAUUUGCAUUACGCGCGAUAAAAAUAACCAUUUUUGACCCGCACCUCCUCGACAUUGUGGUAUAUAGGUUGGAUCUCUGAAAAUUACGCACCCCCUCUAUCUGAUGAGCAUCAGACACGCCCUUUUGCGAAGUAUAUCACAUCAUGUUGCAACUCCUAAACAGUGUUCUCUUUUCAGGGUCUAGAUUUAACCAAGACUGCAACAGCGUUGAUGGUAUCUCAACCACAAUCUCAGUCAGAUGAUGGUGAUGAGACAGAAGACUUAACCUCCUUAAUUACAGUCUUUCCUAACCAAGGAACGCUUGCUCCAGGAGAAACUGCAGAACUUUACUUCAAAUUUAGCCCAAGAUUUCAAAGAUCGAACUUGGGAUGGAAGAGCGUUGAGGAAGUAGCGCCAAGGAAGGAUUAUGCAUUGUUUAUUAACAUUGAGGCAGUUGGCAUUAUUAACAAGAAUGAUGAAGGCACAUUUAAACAUGGUACGCAAUCAUGUCUUAACAUUGCCAUUGCCACUGGGGAGAAAUGUUUUUCACGAAUAAAUUAAGUGUUUUAUUUUUUUUUUAAUUUUCAAACGCUUAUUGGUUAAGCAACGACGGUUUCCUUAUUCCUAAACACGCAAAAAGACUGGCAGUGAUAAUUUACAGCAGCUAGCUGUGUAUGUUGAACUAUCCGAAAAAAGUCUCGUUGUAGGGAGGUUAAGAUUGACGUGAAGAAUGACGUCUACGGCAGAACACAAACGGCAAACUUCAAUUUAAAUAUGUUUGAAGCGAAACCAGGAUUAUUCAUGAUAAGUUUGUAGGCGUUCUCUGGUUUUAAAUAUUUAUUUAGUACGAGCUUUUGACUGCCAGUCUGUAGUCUUCAACUGGUGGAUUACAAUGUUGAAGACUGCAGACUGGCAGUCAAAGUUUGUACUAGGCAAACUUCAAUUUUGAAGUCCAAUUUUGAGGUCAACUGUUAGCUGUUCAAAGUUAGGACAAUUUGUGCACUAAAAAUUGAAGCGUGAAUUAGCUAAAAACUUGUCGAAACCUUCAAAAACUUGUAGAAUUUACCUUCAAAUGCAUGCGAUUUGACGUUUGUCGUUUGCGGUCUGCCGUAAAAGUCAAUCUUAACCUCUCGAUUAAGAAAAUUUUGACGUCUCCAGCCAUGAUCCUUCAUCAGUUAUGCCGUUUCGACUGGUAUAUAUUUUUUUCUCAUCAUUUCCAGGAUGCAAACUUGAGAUUGCAGUUUCAGGCACGGCUGUACCGGUGGAUAUCUCUGUUCAUCCUAGUGCUAAAUUCUUAUUUGGUGAAUGUAGUGUUGGCGAACACAUCAAUGCUUUAUGUUCCAUUACUAACAACUCCACCCUCCUGCCAACUACGUUUGCUACAAAACCAGUAGCCCAUUUUCACCCCAAACCAUGCAAAGCUGCCCUGAAACCCUCCCACUCGGCUGAUAUCAUGAUCUCAUUUAAACCCAAACAAAUGGGAACAUUCGCGUCGAAGUUAGAGUUGAACUUUCUGGGUGCAAUCCUAGACCCUGAUACAACACCCAACGCCAAAACGCCGGUUGUUUAUAAACAAGUUGUCAUACAUUCCUUGUGUUUACAACUUCACGGCGUUUGUAACAAUCCAGGUGCCUCGGCAAGGAGUGACGCGCGUCACAUGGGCUUACCAUCAUCUGUCAGUUCACCGAGGACAAGUGAUAUUAGAAACAAGAAAAGUGGCUUUGACGUCGCCCAGCCCAAUGAUAGAGCGACAAGCAUCCGUCCGGCUGAACGGCACUCAAAAAUUCGGUAA